UCUCGGUGCAACUUCAACAUUUGGGUCCAAGUAUGGCAGGGCUACAAUAUAUUGCUGUGCUGAUUUCCAUUCUAGGCGUAAGCAUUGUUUCUGGACUAGAGUGUCCAUCUGGCUGGAAGAAGUGGAACGACGAAUGCUACUUAUUUAGUGCAGAACCUAAGAAUUGGGAAGAGGCAAGGACCAGCUGUCUAGAAAUAGACGGUGACUUGGUAUCCAUCGAUAAACCUGGCGAAAAUGAGAAGUUGGUAGACCUCGGUCAGCAAAACACCAACUAUUGGAUAGGUUUGACCGAUAGAGGGACUGGCAGUUUUGUGUGGAGUGAUGGAACAAACUACAACUCACAAAUUGCAAUUUGGGAUUCAGGAUACCCUCAGCAGGCGUCAUCUGAGGCAUGUGUCCAACUACGCACAUCAAGAGGUUACUGGCAGGACAAAGCCUGUAGUUUGGUACUGCCAUACAUCUGCUCUCGACCACUUGCCAAGUUAGAGAAGUGUUCUACAGAGGACGGUUGGAUCUCAGGAAACAGCAGGUGUUAUCUGUACGUGGAUCAAACACGUUCUUGGGAUGAUGCACAGGAUUAUUGUGAUGGGCUCGAUGGAUAUUUGGUGUCAAUCAACAAUGACGAGGAGCAGUUGACCAUCAACACUAUUGCUUCAUCAAAAACAACUAUCUGGAUUGGUCUCUCAGACAAGGACUCUGAUGGCGAGUACGAGUGGAUAUCAGGAGAUAAUUACAUAGCUUCAAAUAAUAGUUGGGACGUAGGACAACCAGAUGCAUCAGCGGGGAAGUGUGUGGAGGUUUUGAACAAGGGGAGCAACACAGGACCCUGGAGCACGGCUAAAUGUGAAGAUAGAAAAGCGUUUGUGUGCGAACGGGGCCAGCUUUCAUGUUAUCCUGGUUGGAGGAGCUAUGGCGGAAAUUGCUAUCAAUUUAAUACUCUUCAGCCCGAAACAUGGAUCAACUCCAAAACUAUAUGUGACGCUCAAGGAACAUUACUUGUGACAAUUAAGAGCCAAGAAGAGCAAGACUUCUUGAUCACACAGUUUGAUUACCUUCAAGAUAUCAACGUUGAAAAUCUUUGGAUUGGAAUAUCAGAUACUGAGAAGGAUGGUGAACGCGUUUGGGUUGAUGGAACCAUCGACAACGGCCCUUACAUGAACUGGCCGAAACGGAUAUAUCCUGAAAACACACCGAAUACGAUGGAUUGUGGAUCAAUGUUUGUCUUGUCGCCUAAUGGUCAAUGGGAUUAUGGUGAUUGUUUCAACACGUAUAGCUACAUCUGCAAGGUAUCUGCGGGUAGUACUGUGAAACCUUACAACCCUGGAAAUGUAAUUGGAAGUUGUGAACCUGGAUGGGACUACUAUGAAGGACAGUGUUAUAAAGUCGACUCUUUUCAACGUACUUUUAGUGAUUCCAAGAAAGCAUGUGAAGACAUGGAUUCCGUGCUAACUAGUAUACUUAACCCCAACGAGGAAUCUUUUCUUUCAGUGCGAUUAAACGCAGAAGCAUUUUACAUCGGUCUUACUGAUCAGCAAACUGAGGGAACGUUCUUAUGGAUUGACGGAAAUCCUCUAUCGUUUACAAACUGGCAAAAAAAUGAGCCAAAUAAUGCUGAUACUGGCGAGGAUUGUGUUGAAAUCUAUGGUGGUAAUGUUCAGAAAGGAGCCUGGAACGAUAUACCUUGCUCGUAUCAACGCGGUAUGAUAUGCAAGAAAACAGCAGGAACAGUUACACCUCAUCCGCCUACAAAUCCUCCAUCUAUUGGUUGUUAUGAUGGUGAUGGUAGUCAUUACCGCGGAAACGCACAAAUAUCAUUAUCUGGCAAGCUAUGCGAGAAUUGGGACGGGAAACCAAUUAAUCCAACCACUCACCCAGACGCAGAUUUAAAGGAAAAUUUUUGUCGAAAUCCGGACAAUGGUCCAGCACCAUGGUGCUGGGACAGCACAUCAGGCGGAAGCUUUGCUGUAGAGAUGUGUGCUAUCCCAACCUGUUCCAAUGCUGCAGACUGUUAUGAGGGUGAUGGGAUGACAUACCGAGGUCAUGCUUCACAAACGGAAGAUGGGACCACGUGUUACCGAUGGGACCAGCUAGACUCGUCUAGUUCGUACUAUCCUGCUAAUCAGCCAUAUGCAGGACUGGAUUCUAACUAUUGCCGAAACCCAAGUGGUUCUCGUCGACCCUGGUGUUACACUGAUGACAAAUAUAACUAUGGUUAUUGUGAUCUUCCCAAGUGUAAUAAGACUGGAUGCUACGAAGGAAAUGGUCAAAACUAUCGUGGAUCUGGUGCAACAACUGUGGAUGGGGAAUCGUGUUCUAUGUGGAAAAAUGUGUCAGACCAACCUGUAAAUUCAGACGACUUCCCCAACGCAGAUUUGUACGAAAACUAUUGCCGAAAUCCAACGGGAGAGGACAAGCCAUGGUGUUAUAUCAAACGGGAUUCUGGAAAUGUUGACAAGAAGGAAUGCGAUGUACCACAUUGCGAUAGUAAGAAGAUGCAAAUGGCUCUCAGAUCCAUCGGUCCAGAUCCGGAGUCCGGAUUGGAAAUGUUCGAAUUUGAUAGACCUCAACCAACAACAACAAUUCAAACCAUGACCACUCUUCCCCCUCCCGUGGGUCUACAUGGAAAUUUUCUUCCGCCACGUAUAUAUCAAGAUCACGAGAACAAGUUCUUGAAAGAUUCACAGGUACUGAAUCCUACGCAAGAGUUUAUUGUGAUUCACACUCGUCAGCUUCUGGAUCAAAACACUGUCACCAUUCCUGGUAUUACAGCAUGGCAAAAUUGUGCCUACCUGUGUUUGAAUCAAACUGAUUUCUAUUGUCGUUCAUUUAACUUUAAGUCCAACAUUUGUCAGCUGAAUCGUCUUAAUCGAGACAGUGCUGAAUUGUCUCUUAAAAUUGGAAGUACCUACUUUGAACGUAACUCAACAUACGAUUUGGAAGCGAACUAUUGCCGCAAUCCUGGUGGAGUUCUUUCUAAACCUUGGUGUUAUUACCAUGGUUUGGAUGGUUAUGAUCAUUGGAACUUCUGUGCUGUCGAAGUAUGUGAUGCACUUGAUAUUGGGUGCUAUGAAGGUGCCGGGGAACAUUAUAGAGGACCUGCCCGCAUGACAUCUGAUGGUCAAACCUGUUUGGAUUGGGAUAGUCAAUACGCCAGAAAUAUUGUAGAAGAACAUCCAAAUGCAGGCUUAGAUGAAAACUUUUGUCGAAACCCACUGCCGGGGCAAUACAGUGCUCCUUGGUGUUAUCACGUCGAUCGAGGAUACGUCGAGAUACGAUAUUGUGAUGUUCCUCAAUGCAUUGACGACAAAUGUGGAGUAGGCUGGGUGUCCGAUUCAAAGUCUGAUUAUUGUUAUCAAGUUCGCUCAGAUACUUCGUCAACUUUCAACGAAGCACUUUCCAAGUGCAUGGAACAAGGUGGAAAUCUCGCAAGCAUUACAUCAGUUGAUGAAUCAGCCUUUAUUACAGGUCUGGUUUUCAAAGAGCAAUCUCCGUUACUUUGGGUUGGGUUGAAUGAUCUUUAUGACGAAGGUGGCUGGGAAUGGACGGAUGGAUCGCCGGUCGCCUAUUUUAAUUUUGCCAUGGACCAACCGGACAACUCGGAUGGAGGUCAACACUGUGUGGUAAUCUCUGCUGCCACUUCGUCUACUGGUCAAUGGUAUGACGAAUCUUGCGACUCCUCCUUCGGACAUGUAUGUAAAAAGCUUGGUAACAUACAGAGAACAACAACAAUAUCACCAACACUUGCUCCUGGGAGCAGAUGCCGCUCAGGUUGGACUAGCUAUGGUGACAGUUGCUACCGCGUACAAAUCGACGAAGUUAGUUGGCAAGACGCUCUUUUAAACUGCAAAGAGGUAGGAGCUGACCUAGCAUCCGUUCACAGCCAAUCAGAAAUGAUGCAUAUAGUAUCGAGUGUAUAUGAAUCACAGCACAGUCAUUACUGGAUAGCCGCUAACGAUAUAGUUAAAGAAGGAACAUUCGUGUUCUCUGACGGUACAAACACCGGCGACGUAGGAAAAUUAGUGUUUAAUCAGUGGGAAGAUGGCCAGCCUAACAACUAUGGAGCUGACGGAGAAGACUGCGCCUGUUUACCGAAAAACUUUAAUUGGAAAUGGAAUGAUAAUAAUUGUGCUGCAAAAUUCCGUGUCUUGUGUGAAGGAAUAGGAACCUCUCCCCUGCAACAAGGGAAGUUUACGGCGUUCAAAGUCGAGAUGUCUUGGGCAGAUGCGGAGAUAUAUUGCCAGAAUCAAGGGGGUACUCUGGCAACCAUCAGCAGUCAGAUAGAGCAGGACACUGCUGAGGACCUUUUGAAUAAGAUAUAUGAUCCGUAUGAGGUUGAUGUUUAUUGGUUUGGUUCUAACGACAUCGCCAUUGAAGGGACGUGGGUGAUGGGUGGUUCAGCAAACAGUAAAGACUACCAAGUGUACACAAACUGGUACGGAAAUGAACCAAACAACUAUAAGUUCCCAGGGGAAGACUGUGUCAUGCUAGUAGCUUCUGAUGGAAACGAGUUCAUGUGGUAUGAUACUACGUGCACAAAUGGCGAAGGUAGUAUUUGCGAGAAUAUUCCUGGCACACCAGAAGGACCAAACGGUCUCAAGUACAGCGUACAUAUGGACUUGAAAACCUGGAGCGAUGCUUCCACAUUCUGUAAAGCUAACGGUGGGAGGCUGGCAUGGAUUUUAGAUCAACAGGCACAAGAUUACAUCGAGUCUCUUAUUGCAGCAGAGGAGAGAGGACUUAUUUUAAAAACUGCUGGAGUGUGGAUAGGUUUAAAUGACCAAAUUUCACAAAUGAGUUUCCAGUGGUCUGACGGGUCAGAUGUUACAUAUACAAACUGGAAUAAUGAUGAACCUAAUAAUUGGGAAGGGACGGAUGAAGAUUGUGUAUUUGCUUAUACGUCAACAGGUGUGUAUGACACUGGUUACCGUUACUACGCAGGAAAGUGGAAUGACCAAAGCUGCGAUACCAAAAAUAUGGGUUACGUAUGCAAAAAAUCCAAAGAAAUACUUCCAAUUACACUGGUCCCGCCUACGUCAUCAGGUUGCAAAUUCGGGUGGAAAGGGUAUGGUUCAUCGUGUUACCUAUUCGAUACUACUGAGCAGGAUUGGGAUACGGCCACUGUCAAGUGCCAACGUGACUUGAAUGCAGACUUAGUUUCAAUAUCAGACAGGUAA